UACAAAUAUCAAUUGUCUCAUUCUAUGUUAUUGACAGCAUAUGUAUUGUUAUGUUAGUAUGUGUGCGUUUUUUAUAGCUAUCGUUGCUGUGCUGUUCGGGCUAUACAUUCAGUACAAGCAUACAAUGAGAAUGAAGAAACAACAAAACAGCUACACGAAAUAAGUUAGUCUCAUUUGAAACGUCAACGCGUCCAGUAAAUGUUUUAUAACGUUGUUGAAACGCACAACAGCACCAACAACGGCAGCAGAAACAGUAAAAAAUAUAUAUAUACACGUUAAUACAUUUACGGAAAGCGAAUAAUAAUCCAACAACAAAAAGUUUAGAUCUGUUUGCUCACUAAUUUAAUUCGGAAACAAAGAUAUUAAAAUUGCUACAGUUCAUGUUCAACGGAGUGUGUUUUUUUUAUUCGUUGUUUUGCGUAUUCAUGAAUCUCAAUUUUUUUGCACUGUCAAAGUCCCAAGUUCAAAUUGAUUACAAUUAGAAUAAAACAGUUCUCCAAUAAGGCACUUACAACAAGUGUAAUUUAAUCAAUGCGGAACGAAAAAGUCUUUUAAACGUCAAAUUUUUAGUUGAAAAAUACAUCGAAACAUUUUUUGUACAACGACGACAUUACAAAACAUGUUGUUUAUGGAAUUCAGUGUAUAAUAAAAAAAAAACAAAGAAUAAUUUUUCACUCGGAGAGGGAUAAACUAAACAAAACAAACAUGACAAAAAGUAAUGUGGUCAAAAUUGCUGUCGUUGCUUUCUUCAUUUCUUGCAAUAUAUUCUGCGCAAUUAGCACUUAUACGAAAGGGGCCACAUCAAUUGAUUUUCUGCGGGCACAAUAUUUACAGCUGGAAGCUGAAUUAUGGAGUAUCGUCGAAAAUGGUGUUGAUCAAUCGAGCGUUUUGAAUCAAAUAUUGGGUCAGCACAAAACAUUUAUUGAUCAAAACCUCACCCUCAGCGACUAUAACGAAAAUGAAUUCUAUUUGCUUGAAAAAAUUUACGAAUGGAAUAUUGUGAAAGAGAGUUUAACGCCAAUUCGCACAUUAUUCAACUCAUUCAAAUUGGUCAUUGACAAAAAUGUUGUUCAAUUUCAACGAUUGGAAUUGACUGAUUUAGCUGAUACGAUUCUUUCAGAAUCGGAAGCUAUAAAUGGCACCGCAGAAAACAUAGAAACUUUUAUGGUUAAACAGGGAACAUACUACAAAGUUAUGCUGGAGGCACAAAAUUUGGUUUGCAUUUCGAAGCAAUCAGCACAACAAGUAUUGUUCCAAAUGUACAAUGCAAUUUCGAUAGCUGAACUCAAAGGAUACGCUAUGAUGCAGUUUUCUUGGAUGAUUUUACGAACAUACGGCAAAGGCAAUUUUACAAAAGAAUCUCACUUGAUGCGACAAAGAUUUGAAGAUCGUGUUCAGAAAACACAAUCAUUAAUGCGAAAAGUAAUGGAGCGCGCUGAUCGAUCUGUGUGGCGCUGUGAUCCAAGGCAUCACAUCGAAGGUGAAACGUUUAUAACUGUGACUAGGUUGUUGCAAGGUUAUAUUGAAAAUGAAGUUGAUAUGAACAAUGAUAACACAUGCCGUGAAAAUUGUGCAGCCUAUCAGUUCAGCGAGUCGUACAGUUGUUACAAAGAAUUAUUCUGUGCACGGCAACCGAAAUGUAAUGGAAAGCUUCUGAACUGCCAGUUCUUCGAUUCAGAUAUGUGGAUUUGUCCAUCUAAACCAUCAAGUAAUCGUCGCUAUGAAUUCAUUGAAUACGAAAACGGUCGCACACUAGGAAAAUCGGGCGUAUGUCAAACCGGAUCAACAAAAGUCGACUCAUGGUGGCGCUGGCUUUUUUGGCAUUGUAGCUAUUGUUUGUGUAUCUGUGAUGAGCAAAGUGUAAAGUCAGAUCGUUAUUUUAAUUUACGAGAAGCCACAUCCAAUAUUUCAGCAAAUAGAGUUAUAACUGGCCUUCGAUUCAAAAAAAUUAACCGUAUAAUUCAUAUUCAAAUCCAAGAAGGAGAGUUACAAGCCAGAGGGUUCGUGAAUGCAUCAACAUUGAGUUGGAAACCUGUAAGUGACUAUAAGUUACUCGAUCGUGGAAUUCGGAGCGGACUUGAUUAUCACACCAUGAGCUGGGACAAAAGAGCUAUCGAUUUGGAUAACUUAGUGGCACCAAAAAGCCAUGUUGUGACCGGAAUAAGAUUAAGAGUUGUUGGCACACAUUUGAAUUUGGAAAUUCGAGUAACUGAAGCAGAUUUUACCACGGGCCGUUUGAUUGAUCCCGAACAAACCAGCUUUUGGAAGUCAAACGAUAAUACGGAAAGUAGCUCGGAUAAACGUACACCAAUUAAAUUAAAGAAUCCAGAUAUUCCAAUCUUAUGUCCAUCACAAUCUGAAAUUGAUUCAGUAUCGAAUCAAUAUAUCGAAUUCACGCACACCGAUUUGGAUCGAGAUGUUGGCCAAACAACCGUGCCAUAUAUUGACGCCCAAGAUGUUAUCUCACGAGUUCCAGUUGCUCUCAGUGGAGCUGGUGUAUACCAUAAAGGAAAAACGAACUAUGGAGGAUUUAUUGGACUGAAAUUGAUUACAUACGAUUUUCAACCACACAUUUUAACACCACGUCUGGCUGAUGAAGCCGAAGAUAUCAAAAUUGUAAAUUUACAAAAAUAAAAGUAGAACAGAAAUUUCAAUAACAAUUUGCUACCUUUUUGAAACAAA